AGAAGUGUCUAACCUGGAUUCGUGCAUGCGGUCGUCCACACAGGCAGUUUAGCGUUAAGAAUGUAACAAAAAACACAUACAUAUGUUCAAAGCAUUUCAAAAAUGCCAUUGGCCCAACAUCAGAUUAUCCUGACCCUAUUCCCUUUGACUGCAGUGUCUUCAGAAAAGCAAGGAAAGCAAGGAAAAGACUAUUGCAGGAGGUUGAAAGUGGUGAGGAUAAUUCACAUGCAUCUGAAUCAACUGUUGAAACAGAAACUGGUACAAGCACUCAGACAGAAGAACAGUGGGUUUCUCCAAUGGACAUGUUAGCUACAUCUACGGAUUUACACAUAUUGCGUGGUGAAUUAGAUUUGAAAAAUAACAAAAUCAAGCAGUUGGAGUCAAUGAUCAUGAAAUUGAAAGACGAAAAUAAACAGCUGAAGGAAAAAAUUGAUGAUCAAAUGAAAUUUGGAAUAGAAAGCAUUUUAGACAAAGAACAGAAGAUAAAAGGACUCUUUAAGUACUACACAGGAAUUACUCAUGAGCGGUUUAAAAGUCUGUUCAAUUUUUUGCUACCAGACAACUAUAUACUACAGUAUGAAAAAGGGCGGAAUGAUAUUAAAAUUUUGACACAAGAGGACUGCUUAUUUUCUGUGUUGAUACGGUUACGUCAUAAUUUUGGUUUAAAGGAUAUUGCCAUUAGGUUUGGUUUAACUGUUCAGUCUGCUGGAAUUGUUUUUAAUACAUGGAUAGCCCACAUGCAUCUUAAGUUUGGACAACUGUCAAUUUGGCCACAUAGAAAUAUCAUUAUUGAGAAUAUGCCAAAAGACUUUAAAGCUGAUUUUCCAAAUACAUUGGUUAUUAUUGAUGGUACAGAGUUCAAAACACAAACUCCAUCUGCUCUUGGUUUGCAAAGUCAGAUGUAUAGUGAUUACAAGUCCAAUACAACACUGAAGGGUCUUAUUGGCUGUGAUCCCAGUGAAUCUGUUAUUUUCAUUUCAGAACUAUUUACUGGGUCUAUAUCUGAUAAAUGCAUAACUGAACAGAGUGGAUUUUAUGAACAAUUAGAUAAGCUUAAGCAACAAGGUUAUAUUGCUGAAGGAGACUCUGUCAUGGCUGACAAAGGGAUUUACAAUAGAAAAAGAAUUAAAAACAUUAGGGCUCAGAUUGAACAUUCCUCCAUUUUCAUCUAG